AAACAAAUUUUGGAGUCAUUACAAUAAAUCAAAUCAAAUUGUUAGUAUGCAAAAGUGUUGCAACAUUAUUAAGCAAACGUUGUGAAAAAAGCAACAAAGAAUACUUAAGCAAGUGUCAUAUGCACUAGAGUGCAUUUUAGGCUUUGUUGUUGUUUCGUUACGCGUGUAUGUGUGUGUGUGUACGUAUGCGUGUGUGCAGCGCUGCAACUGCAAAGGAAAACCGAAAUCUGAUAUACUUGCAUACAAAAGAACGAGCGAAAGAAAGAGAGAGACAGAGACAGAGAAAGAGAGAGAGAGAGAGAGAGAGCUCGCGCGAGUGCAAACGAGCCACUACUGGCUGAGUGAGUGAGCGAGAACGCACACACGCAAGUAAAGAGAGCUUUGACCCAACGGGGAUAACGGUACACACAGCAACAGCAGCGAGUGGAGCAAGCGAGGCGCCUGCCUGCUCAUAAUCGUUCAAUGACAGCAGCCGCCAGCAUUGCUGCUUGCGCCGCUGCCGCUGUCGCUGCCUGUGCUAUAAGCAAUUUGCGCAGUUAACGCCCAGCAGCAGCAGCAACAACAAUAACACCAACACCAGCAACACCAGCAACAACAGCAAUAACAACAGCAAUAACAACAGCAACAACAACACCAAUAUAGCGAAAACGAAUAACUGCAACUUAGUAACAGUAACUACGCUAAGGCGACGUUAGCUGAUUGGACUUCUUAAAGCAACAAUAACCAACAUAAUGGUGAAAACAUUUCAAGCCUACUUACCGUCCACCAACCGGACCUACUCAUGUGUUCACUGCCGAGCGCACCUCGCCUCACACGACGAGCUCAUCUCAAAAUCGUUUCAGGGCAGUCAGGGCCCGGCGUAUCUGUUCAACUCGGUGGUGAACGUGGCGUGUGGCCAGACCGAGGAGCGAGUCCUCCUCACCGGUCUGCAUGCCGUCGCGGAUAUAUAUUGUGAGUGCUGUAAGACGCCGCUGGGCUGGAAGUACGAGCAUGCAUAUGAAUCGAGUCAGAAGUAUAAGGAGGGCAAGUUCAUCAUUGAGCUGGCGCAUAUGAUCAAGGAGAAUGGCUGGGAUUGAGCGAAGAGAGCGCACAGGAAUGAGCGUUGUUUGGUGCCAUGAGUGCCCCUCGGGGCCGCCAGGCUAAGGACCAGUAACAGGACAGGCUUUGAAACAACAUUGCGAUUGAGAUUCAAUGCUGAGAAUGCUGUUGAAAUAGAGAAAGGAACAGAGAAAGCAAGCAAGAGUGCAAAAGUGAGCAAGCAAGCGCACAGCAGUA